CAGACGAGCGUCUUCAGUCGACCGGUGAACGUUCGAAAGAGAGUUAGAUAGGUAGCUGUAUCGUCGUGCACCCACACUUGUAAUAAUCACACUUCGCUCGCGUACAUAGUACCUUCCUGCGAUGCUUUUGGCGUCUGGACACAUCACACGGCACAAGUCUUGAAGGAUUCCUUGGUUUGGCAUCGCGAACAUUAUCAGCGGCGGUCGUGUUUCGUGUAUUUACUACAAAAAAAUUAUAUUUUUAAAUUCGGUUUUUUAUCUUCCGAGACAAAACAAACUUUUUUCCUCAAGGGAUUUUUCAUUAUUUUUUUUUUUUUUAUUCAUGCGAUUGCGAACAAAAUGACAAAAAUGUUUUGCAAAACUGUUCGGACUACAGUUGUAUAUGUGUUUACGGUCGUGCAGCUGUUACCACUGCUUUCGACCGUGGUCGGUGGUGGUACCAGUCAGACCACCGCACCAUCGGGCGCCGAAUUCCUCCACAGCGUCAUUGGCAACAUGCAACGGCCAACCCGCAAAGUGUUUAACGAACGAAUCGACGUCGAAGAAUACAUACCCGACGAUGUCCCGUACACCCCACCGGCCAACGAAAUAAACAUGCUGUCGAAACAACCGUUCCAUUUCAACAAUCAGGCGAACCGCGUCCAAGCCGAUGUCACCAAAAACCAUAUCGGGUCGUUACUUUCGCAAAUAGCGCCUCAGUUUUUGAAAAACGAAUUCGCCGAGUCACAAAACAGGAUAGUUACCCAAGUAGCUCCGCAACAGUUUAACCCGGGACCCACCAGUCCUCAACAGUUCAACCAGGGACCCAACGGUCCGCAACUGUUUAACCCGGCACCCAACGGUCCGCAACAGUUUAACCCGGCACCCAACAGUCCACAAAAUAUAAUUGAUGCUAUUACGAGCGACACGGCGCAGAGACCGCCGGAUGGCAUGAUUUCCGGAUAUAAUUACUUCUUUUAUCCGCUGGACAACAAUGCGCUGCAGCAGGUGCAGAACGGAAACGGCAAUCAGAUGGCUCAGACGACGGCGAUGUCGGAACCGGAAAAGCCCGACAACCAGGCCGUGGCCAAGCCCCGCGUGCAGCCGCUGUUCGUGGCCAUGGCCGGAUUCGUGGGCGUCGCGGUGGUGUUCCUCAGCGCCCUCAUGUUUGUACCGAUAUUGCCGAUACACGCGCUCACCUCCAAAGCGGCGCUGAAACGUGCUCCCGAGGAGCUGGCCUCGCUCACCAAGCUCGUCGCCGAGUCCAUCGACGGCAAAGACUGCAGCGAGAGGAUAGCGUGUGAGGUCGGCAGGGCCAUGCGAUCCAUGCGGGUGGGCAACAAACCCAUCAGAAUGAUGGAAAUAAUACUACCCCCAGCAGUGGCAAAACAGUUAGCUCAGAUAAGAAGGUCUGCGACAAAGAAAGAACAGUGUCAUUUCAUCAUGUGCAAAAAAACUGAGGGUACAUUGCAUUUGGUGGCGAAACUAAAGAAAACUCAUCACAAUAAAACUAUUCACGAUGUUAAAGAAAUUUUUAACAUUUGACGCGCACCGUUUUUGGAGAUUAAUUUAUUCUAGAUAUUAAGUAAAUUAUUCUGUGUUUUAAAUAUAAGUAAGUGUUUCAGUUAUGCCAAGGCUGGGCAAGUUACUUAUUUCCCACCAGAUUAUUUUAAACAAGAAAUUAACUCAUUAAGUUUUUUUUUUUAAAUAUUCAAGUAGUUAUCAAAUAAGUACCAGUAAAAUCUUUAUUAUUUUCUUCUUCUAUAAAAAAAACAUGCUAAAAUGAUUGUAUAAGUGAAUUUAUUUCAUGAUUUAAACUAAAAACUCUUACAAAAUUACGCCUACUUUGAAUGAUUGGAUUUAUUGUUUAAGGUUAUUGUGAGAAUCGAUUUUUGACAUUUUAAUUAAAAUUAUGUAAAUUAAUAAAUAACUAUUUUGAUUUCUCAAAUGUUGAGUGUUUAACUAGAAUUAUUUGAGAAAAUAAAACAGUUAUUUAAAAAUUGACUUUUACAAUAACCUAGAAAAAAUUACUAAAAAAGUGUUUAAAUUUCUUUUGAAAGAAUACCCACGUAUAUUAUUAAUUCUUAUUAUAGAAUAAAACAAACAUUGACAAAUAAUAUCCAUCGCGUAUAUUUUAUACUCUAAUUUCUAAUGUUACUCAAAUUCUACAGUAUUAUGGACAAUAUUUAAUUUAUAACCAAGUAUGUGUGAAUUAUUUAUCUUCUAUACUUCAAUGACAUUAUCUCAGUUCAAGAUAUUUAUAGAUAUUUAUAUUUAUAUGUAUUUUAAAUUCAAAAUUUAUACAAAUAUUAAAUAAUAAUAUUAAUUGAAAUUGUUGUUAUUUUAUAAUCUAUUAAGUAUGUCAUGAUUUAUGAAUAACUCAUUUCAAUGUGAUGAUAAGUAACAUCCAAUUUAACAAGUUGGUAAACCUUAAAAUAAAUUAAUAAACUAAAAAUCAAAAAUCAAAAAUUUAAAAAAAAUUUAACAUAAAUUUAAACUUUGAAUUUGUAAAUGCCCAGCCUUGAAUAAUGUUGUUAGCCUAGAGGUGAUUCUAAUUGGUACUUUUCCAAGGAGUAUUGUAUAGGCAACUUAUUAUGUCAUGACAACACUCUAAGUACAAUAUUGUACCAAAUCUAGCAUGAAAAAAAUUACAAACAAAUUAAAAACGUUUGUGUAUUUGCGAGUGACAUUCAUAUUAUAAUUAAAAAUGAAUAAAUAAAUUUCCCUAUUUAUUUUAAUUUGUAAGAUGCUAGAAAAAGUUAUUUUAGCAGAACUGAUAGGUAAAUAGUACACCAAAUACAAUAUAGGUAUUAUGUAUACAAAUAAAGAUAAAAAAAAUAAAAAACACAUUUAUUAUAUAUUUUAA